AUGUCAGCGACAACUUUCAUUGAGCCAUUGCCUGUGAUAGAUUACGCCGCACAGCUGCUGCGUUCUGACAUCCAUUCGAGGCCCCUCUCAGACGCUGAACGUGUUAAGAUCAAGAAGGCGCUGAGAGGAGUAAAGGUGGAAGUUACUCAUCGUGGCAACAUGAGAAGGAAGUACCGAAUAUCUGGUCUGACAACUCAGGCAACUCGAGAGCUAACUUUUCCUGUUGAUGAAGGGGGCACAAUAAAGUCAGUUGUACAAUACUUUCAGGAGACAUAUGGCUUUGCCAUCAAGCACACAUACCUUCCUUGCCUCCAAGUUGGCAAUCAGCAACGUCCAAAUUAUUUGCCUAUGGAGAAAAUUUCGCUGGGAAACAAACAGCAGUACCAACUGCAGAUGCAAUUGUUUAGUGGAGAUGCAAUUCGCAUCCCCCGGAGACCAAUCGAUUCGUCCCCAAAUUCCAACUAG